GCCGAAUGUACCCUUGUUCGACUCAUGUUGGUUGCAUUCUAAACACUUUUAUGCCGCUCUACAGCUCUAUCCGAGCCUCUGGAGUACUCUCCGCCAAGAAAUGCUGUCGCGGCCUGCACAAGCUCCCUUGGCAGACAAUGUGGCUGCAGUCAAUUCUUUCAAAGAAAGCCGGGCAUCGGGUCAUCUUGGGAAACGGCAAUAGACCUCGGUGCAGCACCAUGUAUCUUGAAGCUCCUCGUUGUGCGGAGAAGUCUGGGCUGUGAAAUGAGUAUAAAGUAACCCGCAAACCCGGAUCAUCAAUGCAGAUCAUCAACGGUCGCAGCGGUAGUCGUUCCCGGACUAGUACAUACUUUGAUUUCCUGUACUGACUGACUAUCUUUGAGGCUCAGAGUUCAAUAUGGCGGAGAAGAGCGACAUGGGUGCUGUGACGCACCAACUGAGCACGGUGGAAGACGAGAAGCAUGGGUCGACGAACAUCGUGGAGGCCAAUGUUGCCUCGGUGGCUCUGUCUGCCGCCCUCGAGGCCCAGAAGCCAAAACUGUUCUCGAAAAGCAUGAUCAAACUGUACGGGAUCAUGGCUAUUGGGUACCUUGUCUCGACAUUGAACGGAUUUGACUCAUCGCUCAUGGGAUCUAUUAAUGCCAUGAAGGCGUUCCAAGACACUUUUGGACUCACUGGCGAAGGCUCCUCCACGGGAAUCGUAUUCAUCAUCUACAACAUGGGUCAAAUCGCCGCAUUCCCAUUUUGUGGUUUCUUCGCCGAUGGAUAUGGUCGUCGUGUCUGCAUCUUCGUUGGAUGUGCCCUCGUUCUUGUUGGCACAGCUGUUCAAGGUACAGCGAACACCAUGGGACACUUCAUCGCAGGUCGAUUCGUUCUUGGCUUUGGCGCCUCGAUCGCUUCUGCCGCUGGUCCCGCCUAUACUGUUGAGUUGGCGCAUCCGGCAUACCGAGGAACCAUGGCUGGCAUGUACAAUAACUUCUGGUGGUUCGGGAACAUCAUCGCUGGAUGGACAACCUACGGCACCAAUCUGAACAUGGGAUCCACAUCAUGGGCCUGGCGAAUUCCUACCAUCGCGCAGUGCUUCUUGCCCACCAUCAUCAUGUGUGCUAUCAUGUUCUUUCCUGAAACGCCUCGCUGGUUAAUCUCAAAGGAUCGCCGUGAGGAAGCAAUCGCUAUCAUGGCCAAAUACCAUGGUGAUGGUGACGAAAAUUCCCCGAUCGUUCAGCUACAGAUCCGCGAGAUCUUCGAAGACUUUGCUGUUACUCGAAACGACAAUCCUUGGUGGGACUUCAAGGAGCUUUUCCACACAAGAGCCGCACGCUACCGAUUGUUCAUGGUGAUAUGCAUGGCUUUCUUUGGACAGUGGAGUGGCAACAACGUCGUCUCGUAUUUCAUGCCUUCCAUGUUCAAGCAGGCUGGUAUCACAGACCCCAACACGCAACUCCUUCUCAACGCAAUCAACCCCAUCUUCAGCAUGACUGCUGCUGUUUAUGGCGCCACACUUCUAGACAAGCUUGGCCGACGCAAGAUGCUGAUAGGUGGUCUUUGGGGUGCUCUUGGAUCGUACAUUCUGCUAACCGCGUUCACUGCCACUGCGAGUCCAUCGAACAACCUCGCUUAUGGUACCAUCAUCUCGAUCUAUCUAUUCGGCAUCUUCUUCGCCUGGGGUUGGACGCCACUGCAGACAUUGUACGCAGUUGAGUGCUUGGAGAACCGCACUCGCGCGAAGGGCUCCGGACUAAACUUCCUCUUCUUGAACGUCGCCAUGGUGGUGAAUACUUACGGUAUCUCCGUCGGGAUGGAGAAGAUUGGGUGGAAGCUGUAUCUGGUCUUUAUCGGAUGGAUUGUUGUGGAAAUUGUCGUCAUCUUCUUCUUCUUCGUUGAAACGGCUGGUAAGACACUGGAAGAACUUAAGGAGAUCUUCGAAGCACCAAGCCCACGUAAUGCGUCACUCAAACGCACUCGUGUUGCGAUGACCGACCGCGGUGAAGUUCUUAACGUCGACUAGCCUGCUCAGCAAACUUGGACUGUUUAGCAACGCUACCGUUUUGCACAAGAAUUUGAUAACAGUGUAACAAAUAAACACAGUUCAAU